GCAGCCCCGGGUGGGUGCUGCAGCCCGGCCCUGACACCGUCCCUGCCCCGCAGAGGAGCGAGACCCGUUCCCAGCAGGGCCCUUCCUUCGCCGUGGUCGUGGCCAUCGACUUCGGCACCACGUCCAGUGGCUACGCCUUCAGCUUCACCAGCGACCCCGAGGCCAUCCACAUGAUGAGGAAAUGGGAAGGGGGGGACCCGGGGGUGGCCAACCAGAAGACCCCCACCAGCCUGCUGCUGACCCCGGAGGGGACCUUCCACAGCUUCGGCUACACCGCCCGCGACACCUACCACGACCUGGACCCCGAGGAGGCCCGAGAGUGGCUCUACUUCGAGAAGUUCAAGAUGAAGAUCCACAGCACCAGCGAUCUGACCAUGAAAACCGAGCUGGAGGCCGUCAACGGGAAGAAGAUGCCGGCGCUGGAGGUGUUCGCCCACGCCCUGCGCUUCUUCAAGCAGCACGCGCUGCAG